CCCUGGACUUCCAGAGUAUUCCAAUCCACCACCGAACGUCAGAACCAUCCAGAAGCGGCCGCCUCUCUAAAAAACUCCCCAUCUCCGGUCAUCCGUCCUCGCACGGUCGCUCCACACCACACGCAGAUCCAAACCCGACCAAACCCUAAUCCCCCUUCCCCUCCGCGCACCCAUGGCGAAGUACGGCGAGGGCGACAAGCGGUGGAUCGUGGAGGAGCGCGCCGACGGCACCAACGUCCACAACUGGCACUGGGCGGAGCGCGACUGCCUCGAGUGGUCGCGGGCGCGGCUCUCCGCGCUGCUCGCGGGGCUCACCGUCCUCGACGGCGAGGGCGGCCUCGCCAUCCGCACCACCGCCCUCGACAAGCUCAACGGCGAGGCCUACGUCAACAUCCGCAAGGGGAAAGUCAUCCCGGGGUACGAGCUCUCCCUCACCCUCUCCUGGGAGGCCGAGGCCGCCUCGGAGUCCGGCGUCGUCAAGGUCACCGGCGCCGCCGAGGUCCCCUACCUCGCCGACGAGAACGCCGAUGAGGACCCUGACCUCCGCGUCACCGUCCGCGGCGACGAAACCCCCCUGGCCCGCCGAGCCAAGGACGCCUUCCUCGCCCGCGGCAAGCCCCUAGUGCUGGAGAAGAUCCGGGAGUUCGUCGCCGCCAUGGCGAAGGGCGGCCCGGCCAGGGACGAGGUCGAGUCCAAGAAGACGCCAGCGAAGGCCGCCGCAGUGCCUGGUGGCACGGCCACUAGCCCCGCCCAGGCGGUGAAGAAGGAGGAGGCAGCUCCAGCGCCGGCGGUCGAGGAGAAGAAGACGAAGGGGAAGGGGAAGGAGAAGGAAGGAUUCAAGACCAUCGAGAUGACGGAGAAGUUCUACUGCCGCGCCAAGGACAUGUAUGAGAUCUUGAUGGACGAGAACAGAUGGAGGGGGUUCACACAGAGCAAUGCUAGAAUCAGCAGAGAGGUCGGAGGGGAGUUUAGCCUCUUUGAUGGGUCCAUCACCGGAGUCAAUGAGGAGCUCCAGGAAGGGAAGCUGAUUGCGCAGAAAUGGCGGUUUGGGAGCUGGCCGGACGGCCUGUAUUCCUCGGUCAGGUUGGUGUUUGAUGAGCCCGAAUCAGGAGUUACGAUCAUAAAGCUCAAACAAACUGAUGUUCCAGAGGAAGACAAGUAUGGGAAUUCAACUGUGGUGGAGAACACGGAGAGAGGCUGGAGAGAACUUAUCUUCCAGCGGAUCCGUGGAGUUUUUGGUUUUGGGAUCUAAAGAAGUAUUUGGCCUGAAGCUGGAUUUCUAUUUUUUACGGAGUCAAGCCAUGAAUGUCCUAGUCACCUACUCAUCCAUGUUUUACUCACCCAGUUCGUCAAUGUCGUUGAACACAAAAACUUUGCAUACCAUGGGGGUUAAAACGCAUCAGCUAUUCAUCGCGCUAGAAUGCGCAUGCUUCUUACUCAUUACUCCGGCGCUGGCACAAGUGAAUCGAUGUAGAUCAGCUGAUGGUGUCUGACCUGGUACUCUCUUGUUUCUUGGAUGAACAUGAUCUUGCUGUGUGAUUGUGCGACUGUCGGUGUCGGAGUCGUCAUGGCUUACA